AUGGUGCGCUUAUGGACCGGUACGGGCGCCGUACUGGUACAAACGCUGUACUGGUACAAAAUGGCGGGCGGGUUGAAAACGAUAGACGACUACGUGGAGCUGUAUAAUGGCCAGUGGCAAGAGUCAGCGCCCAGAGGGCUAUAUCCAGGAGUUUUGACAAACUACACAGACGAUCUGUCCUUCUCUAUGACACAGCUGUCUGAGAACCCUUAUAGAAUUUUUCGUGUUCCGAAGGACACAAAACUGCCAUUUACCGUUUCGAACACCAGCGCAAUCGCUGGCCAGUCAUUAGAGUCCCUCCAGUCCUCUGGCCGUCUAUUUCUCACUGACUUUCUGGACCAAAAGUACCAGCUCAUGUCCCCUGGGAAGUAUGGCGCAGCAUGUCAGGCGUACUUUUACAUCGAUCCGAUAUCCCAGGACUUCCUACCCCUCGCCAUAAAACCAAACCUAGAAGGCUCAGAACUUGUAUACACGCCGCAGGAUCUAGACAAUGACUGGUUGUUGGCAAAGAUGAUGUUCAAUUUGAAUAGCUUGUGGUACACACAGUGGUACCAUCUCGCGGCUACACAUGCUGUGAGCGAAAUUGUGUACCUGAGCGCUAUCCGAACACUAAGCGACGAACACCCUAUCAUGGCCAUUUUACAUCGACUGAUGAAAGACGCCUGGGCAUUCCGACCUGUAGCCGUUGAACGUUUGACCUAUCCCGGGGGUCCCAUUGAUAAGCUGUUUCCUUGGACUGGUGCCCAAGCCGCAAACUACACUCAUGCACUGUAUCAGUCGGGGGAGGCCAGCGCUUUCCAGGCUAACUAUUUUGGGCCUAACUUGGAGAAGCGAGGCUUGAUUAACUCUACCAGCGGUCCCAAGAUAAAGGCUUUCCCUUUCUACCAAGAUGCAUGCGUCAUAAACGCCGAGAUCCGCCGUUUCAUGGAGACCUUGGUAAAUUCAUACUACAAAGACGCCAUCGACAUCACAAAUGAUUCCGAGUUGCAGGCAUGGAUCAAGGAAGCCAUACCUGCCCAAAUUGUGGACUUUCCUUCUUCGAUCGACAACGCUGGUACAAUUAUCGAUAUCCUGACGCAUAUCGCUCAUCUGGUAUCUAUAGUUCACGGCACACUCAACUCGAACGCCCUGUUUGCUUCCUCUGGCUCUCUACCUUUCCAUCCUUUUGCAUUUUACUCGCCUUUACCGACGACCAAAGUUAUCAUGGACAUCAUGCAAUUCAUGCCACCGGUGGAAGCGUCUCUUGGCCAGAUUGCCUUGACUGGAAAUUUUAAUAGACCUAGUUUUGUCAGCAGCAACGAAACGAUGGUGCACAUGUUCGACGACAGAGUCAUGCUAUCGAAGAUGAACAAGGAUGUGGAAAAGGCAGAAAGACUCUUCAGGGAUGCCAUGAAGAGACACAGCAACGUGGUGAGAGGCAGGAAUUUUGGAAGAGAUCAAUUAUGUGGGGGCAUGACGUACUGCUGGACAACACUGGAUCCAGACACAGCGAGUUACUGGCUAACUGCCUAA